AUGUGGCUCUCGUCUUUCGCCGUCGACGCCGCCCCAGAGCAGCACACAGUGCGUGCGCAUGUGUGGAACAUCCACAGAUCACCACCGCCCUUAGCGCUCACUGCUGUAUCCGGAGACGCACUCGCGGUAUUGACAACGUCCGACGUGGCACUUCUGCGUCGCCUCCGCGUGGUGCACGACUCGUUCGUGACACUUCAAUUCCAAGAGCGCUUCCACGUGGCGAGAUUGCGCUUACUGCCGGAUAUUCCAGUGGGUGCGAGUGAAGAGCAAAAAGUGGAAGAGGAUGGGGACGUGACGCUGUCGCCGCUUUUGGCCUUCAAUCUCGGCAUCCCCUUACACUCGUCCACAGCCACCUACGUGUCUGUUUCAUUGUGUAUCCGAACUGCGUUGCCACAGGAGCUUGGAUUGGUAGUGCAGCCAUCUGCACCGUUCCGUCGCAAACAACAAGCGCAACCUGCAGCUGCUUCGUAUGCAAUGAUCGCUCCACUUUUCGUCGCUAGUCUAUCGUGUCGUCAACACGCUCUGUUACAGCAACGUGACGGACUGUUGGACGCUAUUCGAGCGCACUUUGCAACACCCAAAGUGAUGCAAGUGGGAGAUAUCUUUGCUGUGGAGCUUCGCGAGACGACGCAGUCCCAUGUACCCAAAGAGAGCAAAUGGUACAGAGAAAAUUACGCGCCAUACAAGACUGUGAAAGUGCCUGCUGCUUGUAUGAAGCCGAAAGACGACGAAGCUGCCGAACCUGUGACAGAACUUAUGCCACCGACGUUGGAUCUGGACACUUCGCUUAUGUUUUUUCGAGUCGAAAGAUUGGACGGAGAGAAUAAAAAUGCAUUGGCGUUGGCAGUGUCUGACGCUACGGAGCUUGUGCAAGGUGUUUCGACUUCUGCUCCGUCUCCUGACGAAUCAACCAUCAAGCAGUUCUUGACACACAAUAGACAUCGUAGUACUGCUCCGAUCGUUGACUCGGCACUGCCUUCAACUACCCAGCAAGAGCUGUAUGAGAUAUUAUACCCAGCACAGCUGUGCGAGAUCCCAGUGUCAGUGCUUUUAAGUGGAGCUCGAGGUGUCGGCAAGACGACGCUCGUGCAUCAAGUGUCCAAGCAGUUGGGAGUUAUUACUGUGGAGGUUCCAUUUACGGAGCUCACGGGACAAUCAGAGCUCCAUCUGCUGGAAAAUGUACGUGACUACGUGUCGAAAGCUCAGGCGUUAGCGCCCUGUCUCCUUUAUAUUAGUCACCUCUUCCCAGUCGAGAAGGACAACGAGGAAGCGGAGUUGCGGAUCGGUGCUGUUCUUUCUGAGUGUAUUCGCUCCCUCAGUCAGAACCAACACAGCAUCCCAUUGAUCGCGUGCGUAGAAAACGUCAACGAAGUUCCCAAGUUUAUCCGACAGUGCUUCCUUUACGAAAUGCACCUCGAAGCGCCCGAUCUUUCCAAGCGAGUAGAGUUCUUAGAGCAUAUGGCAGCAUGUACAAUGCUUGAUGAGGGCGUGGAGUUGACGGAGAUUGCACAGUUAACUGCAGGUCGGACGUACGGAGAGCUGUCGGCAAUGCUUGCAGACGCUGGGAGUCUUGCGAUUGAGCGGAUUCUUGGUGAUGAGACGGACUUCAGUGGUGUUUCGCUGGAAGAUCUGGUGUUUGCUGACUCGGAAGAUCUUCCAGGCAAGUGCUGUGUAUCAGCGAAGGAUAUGGAGGAAGCAGCUCAGAACCAGCAAGCCCAGGCGUCUUCCGCCAACAUUGGCAAUGCGUCUAUUCCGAAUGUGAAGUGGACUGACGUGGGCGGUCUCGAAGACGUCAAGGAUGAGAUUUUAGAUGUGGUGCAGCUACCGAUCAAGCACCCAGAGUUGUUCGCCAGUGGAGUCCGCCAACGCUCUGGCAUUUUACUGUAUGGACCUCCAGGAACAGGCAAGACUCUCCUGGCCAAGGCGAUCGCCACUGAAUGCAACCUCAACUUCCUCAGUGUUAAGGGCCCUGAGCUACUCAACAUGUACAUCGGUGAAAGUGAGAAGAACGUUCGACAAGUGUUCGCCAAGGCUCGUAGCUGUCGACCGUGCAUUCUCUUCUUCGAUGAACUGGACUCGCUCGCACCGAUGCGGGGCCGUGGGUCAGACUCUGGCGGUGUCAUGGACCGUGUCGUUUCGCAGCUUCUAACAGAGAUCGAUGGCCUUAGCGGUGGUGGGAACGAUCAAGUGUUUGUGAUUGGAGCUACGAAUCGCCCAGAUCUGCUGGAAACGGGACUGCUGCGUCCUGGGCGCUUUGACCGGUUACUGUACCUUGGUAUUUGCAACGAGAAAUCAGCGCAACUCAAGGUGUUGAAGGCGCAGACGAGGAAGUUUACACUGGCGGAAGAUGCUGAUUUGGAUGCUGUAGUGGAGCUUUGCCCCUCGAACUUUACAGGCGCUGACUUCUACGCUCUCAGUUCCAGUGCUCUAGCUGCUGCACUGAAGGAUCGAGUGGAAGCUCUUGACAGACAACUCGAGGAGAUUAAUGCGGAGGACUGCUACUCCUCCAGCCCCAUGACUAUCCGUCUGCUGCUCAACCGAUUGUCGCCUCAAGAGCUGCGUGUACCUGUUAGUCAAGAACACUUUAUGACGGCGCUUGCCCAGGUGGUUCCAUCGGUGUCGCCCGCAGAAAUUCAGCAUUAUGAGAACUUGAAAAAGCAGUACAGUUCCAGACAAACUUAA